CACACUGUAUGUAUGUCAUGUCAGCAUAAAUUGAGUAAAAACUAUAAACUUGACGUGAGAUUAGCAGAAAAGUGAAGUUGCAACUAAAGAAGCCGAGCGCCGCACUGCCAACCAGAAAUCGUGCAAAAUGAGUGGGGAUGUGGCUGCCGAAAAUCUAUCGCCUCGCUUCUGAGAAAAUGGAAUCAUCCAUUAAGCUUAAGGACAACAACUCCAAUCCCAGCAGCAAUUCGAAUGGCAACAAUGGAGCAGGAGCAGCAACAGCAGCAGGAGGAGGCGGUGGCAGUAGUGGCUGUGGCAGUGGCAGCGGUGGCGGUGGCGUCUGUGUGUCCAGCAUCUGCAGCAGCGAUAGCUUCAGCAUCAUGCCACCGCCACAUCAUGAGCUGGUUAGCGCCAACAGCAUCGAGCUGAAUGCGGCCGCCUCCUUGAGCGAUGACAGCGGUGUACCAUUGACUACCAAUAGCUCCAUAUCCAGCGGUGAUUCCUAUCGCAUCGGAAUGUGCAAAUUCGAAAUUGAGAUGGUGGAAAGCGAUGGCGAGGUCUCACAAUUCGAUUCGCUGGACAAUUGCUCGGAGGGUGGCAUGAGUGCCGAGAACUUUAAUACACUGAAAAAGGGUCCAUUGGCCCCCAUUGAUCCGCCGCCCGAGUUCCAGGACUCGCCACAGACAACGCUGGUGCGUUCCAUCUCUAAGAACAUUGUCAACAGCCUGCGUCGUUGGACCUCAUCGCAGUCAUCGUUUGAGCAUCUGAAAGAUGAUGUGACGACGACGACGACGGCCAGCACCAUAGUGGCAGUGGAGCCCCCAACAAAGAGCGCUGCUGCUGUGGCUGUGGCAGUGGCAGUGAUGGCCAGAGCAGAGCCAGCAGAGCAAAGCCAGGCAAAGAUCUGCCAAAUGGAGGUAAUAGAGAGCACCCAUCUGAGUCUCAAGGAGUCGUAUGCCAUAAAUAAGCAUCUGUAUGUGAGUGAUUCGAUACUGAACAGCCACACGGAUAACAUUUACGAUGAGCCCAACAACAUCAUCAGUAGCUCGUUGGGCAACAGCGUGGAUCUGCUGGAGGACGAGGGGUGCUCCGAUCAGAGCAGCUGCUCGCCACUACCCUCACCGCCGCCGCCCGUCUCCAUCAUCAAGAUUAAGCAGACACUGUGCCCCUACUAUCAGGAUCAUACGCGCUACUUCAAGGCCAUACCCACGGAGCAGGACAGCAUUGCGAGUGCCAAGGCGGCGGCAGCCGCUGCCUCUCAGCAGCGUUUCAAUUUCAAUUCGGCCGGUCUCUCGGAGAUCCAUGAUUACGAUUUGUAUUACGGGGCUCGACGACAGCCGCCAGCGGACAACAGCAGCUUGAGCCUGCAGCGGAGGCAGGCCACCCUCUACAGCCCAUUGGGUGGGCAUACGAGUCACUGUCACUACCACAACAACAACAACAACAGCAAUAGUAGCAGUCAGGGGCACUACAACCACCCGUACAACAGCCAUCCGCAUCCGCAUCACCAUCAUCAUCAUCACUACAGCGGGGGUACAACUGCCUCCAGCCAUGGGCACGGCCAGCGUCCGAAUUCGAGGAAUUCGUUGAACAGUCGCCUGAGCAGCUCGCACAAUUCCCUGAAUGUUUCGUCGGCGAAUAAGCCCGAUGACUCCAUCUUCAUAACGCAGGCCAUGUCCCACGAUGCUCUGUUUACCCGCGAGAUCUCAGACUUUUAUAAUGUACCCAUCGAUUCGGAUAUUUAUGCGUUUCCCGUGGACAUGAUCGAGCAGCAGCAGCAGCAACUAGAGAAGGAAAAGGAGAAGGAGAAAGAGCGGCUGGUGACGGCAGCGGCUGUGACAGUGGCAGGAUCUGGAGCCCCACCAUACCACAAGGCUGCCAGCAGAAGGAAUAAACGCAACAAGCGCAAGCAGCGACAUGGAGGAACGACUGCCGCGGGAGCGGGGACCGAGACGAGCGAUGGGGAUGGAGAAAAGUCUGGGAAACAUGGAAAAUAUCGCACCCCAGUGGGACAGGGACAGGGGCAAAUGAGCGAAUCAUCGGAGCCGCUGCACAUGACCCUGGACGAGGUGAAGCAAUUCUAUCACACACUCUAUUCGGAUGCGGGAAAGUCCUGUGCAUCCUCGGGGGGUGGACCCAAACCGAUGCUGGUCAAGUCCAGCAAUGAGACCAUCUGGAGUGUGUCCACGGCCACAACGAAUGCCACAACGACCACAGCGCGAACGCGCAGCAGCGUUGGCACCUCAAAUCGUUCGACAAAUGCUGCGGGCGCUGGUGGCGGUGGAUCUGCCAGCGAUGGUGGCAAGUAUCUCAGCAAACAGAGCAAACACAAUCUGGACAAUGAUAAGCUCAACAACAACAAUAAUAACAACAACCAGCAGACGCCCUCGCAACAGCAACAGCAGCAGCUGCAGCAGCAGCAGAACCUGCAACAGCAACAGUCAUCGGAGAAGCCUCCCGCAGGAGAGUUGCAAUUGCACCUACAGAUGCAACACCACCAGCAGCAGCAGCAGCAACAGCAACAUCCGAACAACAAGCAUGUGGUGCACUCGGAGAAGAAGUCACAGUUUACGCUCAAUCUCAAGCAAAAAUUCUGCAGCAUCUUUCGCUUUCGUCGGAAUCAUCAUAGUCGUUGCCGUGCCGCAGCCGCCUCUGUGGCAGCAGCGAAUGCGGCUGCAAAUGCGAAUGCCACGAGUGCCACAUUGGCUGUGGAAGCAACAGCUUUGACGGCCGAGAGCCAGGACCAGGAGUCGUCACCAGCAGCAGCAGGUGCAACAACAGCAACACCAGCCGCCCCAGGGGAGUCGUCAACCGACGAGGGACUCAAGAAGUUCCAGUCGCGUGCACUGCCACCAUUACCAAAGAAGGCAGCCGCCUAUGCCAUAGAUGAAGCUGUCGAACAGCCCGAACAGGAAGAUCAACAGCAAAAGAAGCAACCUGGUGGCCCAGAGCCGCGUGCAUUGCAGUUUACCUCAAGCAUUGAAAAAGUCAAAGAUUACGGCUGGUACUGGGGUCCCUUGUCUGGGGAAGCGGCCGAAAAAGUGCUCUCAAAUGAGCCGGAUGGUUCGUUUAUUGUACGCGAUAGCUCCGACGAUCAUUACAUCUUCUCGCUGAGCUUCAAGCUGAACAAUUGUGUGCGACAUGUGCGCAUUGAACAGGAUCAGGGGACCUUCUCCUUUGGCUCUUAUGCAAAAUUCAAGUCCCAAACCAUCACCGAAUUCAUUGAGAAGGCUGUCGAGCAUUCGCGAAGCGGCAGAUAUUUAUUUUUUCUGCAUCGCCGGCCAGAGCAUGGACCAAUGCGUGUGCAAUUAACCAAUCCAGUAUCUAGAUUUAAGCAUGUACAAAGCUUGCAGCACAUGUGCAGAUUUGUUAUACUAAAGGCGGUUAUACGAAAGGAUCUAAUACAGACGUUGCCAUUACCAAGAAGACUUUUAGACUAUCUUAACUAUAAGCAUUGCUACUCCGAGCAAGUGGAGUCCGACAGUUCCCAUUCGCAGAUUUCUGGCGAUGGAACCAUGUAGGUGGUAAAAAUGGAGGAGGUGGAAACGGAGAAGGAGAUGGAGAUGGGAAUGGCAAAGGCAAAGGCGGACUCGGAAGCGAUUCGCUUGUGUGUGACAAACAACAAGUAAACGAAAGCAACAGAAAUUAUUACCUUACAUAAGUAGUAGAAUUUAAACAAACGAAACAAAGGAAUGCGAAAACAAAGCAAAAGCAAAAACAAAAACAAAAGUAACGAUACAUUAAAACCGUUAAACGUUCUAUAUAACAAGAACAAAAGAAACCAACAAAAGAAAACAAAACGUUAAAUAAGUAAAGUAAAUGGAAGAAAUUGUUAGUUUUGCUAAAAAUAAAACCCAAGAUGAAGUAGUCGAAGCAGGAGAAGUAGAAGGAGAACAGGCGAUAGAAGAACAGGAAGAGUGAAGUGUGAAGAACACGAUGACGAUGGAGAACACAAAAUUCAAAACUCUGUUUAUUGAUCAUUUUUUUGUACUCGGUGCUAUACUAUAAAUAUAAAAACUAUUUAAUGAAGGAGGAAAAUGAAAGCAGACAGCAGCAAAAAGUAAGAAAGAAAAAAGAGCAACAAAAAGCAACAAACGUAAGCAGAAACGGAAACACGAAACAGAAAAUUAUUAUUAUAGAUAUUAUAGAAACUAUGCGGUAGUCAAGUAAACGAAAUAACGAAUUAACUGAAAGAAAAAGUGUACAUACAAAUAUGUUUGAGAAUGAGGAGCCAUAAUGCCACCCAGCAGAACCCCCCGCCACCCAGCCACACAGCCAUCCUGCAACCGAAAACCCCGCCAACCGGAUGGGGGGGGGCCUACGUUUUUCAUUAAUUAAUUUUAUGCUUGCCUUUUAGCUGUGAUUUAUAUAAGGUGUCUGAGUCGACUAUGUCGAGGAGUAUUUUGUUCAAACUGCAAUUUGAUAUUUAUAGAAUUAUGUACACGUGUCACGACGAGAGAGAGAGAGAGAGAGGAGAUCGCGAGCGCAAAGCAAAUGUUAAAAGCAAUCUUAAAUCAAGUUCUUAAGUUCGAGCAAAGACUUUUGUUUAAUGGUCGCUUUGCUUCACAAGUCACAACAAUACUCGAAAUCGAAUCGAAAGCAUGAGGUGGAAAACAAAACGAUCGAAAAGAGUGGGACAGCAAUAGGAAUAGCAAUAGCAAGAGAGAGAGAACAAAAUCGGAAAAAAGCAAAAGAGAAAGAAAAGUGAAAGAGAAAGAGAAACAGAAACACCAACAAAGAGCACAUGUAUAUGAAUAUUCAUAUUGCUUAGAUUUAUUUCAAUUGUUGACUAAUUAUGGUUUCGGAUUUGUUGUUAUUUAUGUUUUAAGCUCCCCCAAAACCCCUCGCAUACCAUACCAUACCCCAUUUACAUUUUGUUUAUUGUUUUUAAACAUAUCUACUAUUAUUAUUAUUGCUCAUGAUUGAUGAUUUGUUUAUGCGUUGUAUUUAUUUCCUUUUUGUAUAAAUAUAUAUGUAUACGAC